GGAAAUGGAUAAUUCCACUCCUUCUCCUAAUGUCACCGACUUUUCCACUGAUGCCAUUUUAGAAAACUGGACCCAAGGGGAAGUGAUUGGCAACUUGACACGAGCAAUGUGCAUAACCUGUUACAGCAUAACCUUCAUUAUAGGAACUGUGGGCAAUGGACUGCUCAUCUGGAUUGCUGGGUUCAAAAUGAAAAAGACAAUGACUAUGAUUUGGUUUCUCAACCUUGGUAUUGCAGAUUUCUCUUUUUGUAUGAUUCUUCCUUUCUCUAUUACUGAAUUGGCACUGUGGUAUUACUGGCCCUUUGGACGGAUAAUGUGCAAGCUCAGAUAUUUCACGGCAUUCCUAAAUGAGUUUGCAAAUGUAAUAUUUUUAAUGAUAAUCAGUAUUGAUCGCUGUAUCUGUGUUCUGUAUCCAAUAUGGUCAAGAAACAACAGAACUUCCAGCAAAGCAGCAAUCAUUUCAGUAAUUGUCUGGUUCUUCUCCUUAGCGCUCAGUUCUCCUUACAUUUAUUUUACUGAUAACAUAAAUGACAAUGAUUUUUCUGUAUGUCUUGCCACAUACGGAGCUUAUGAAAACAUAACCACAUAUGAUCAUGAGACUUUUGAUCUAAGACACAAAGCAAUGGUCAUUACUGAAUUUCUGUUCACUUUCCUGAUCCCCUUUGCCAUCAUUCUUGUUUGCUAUGGGCUCAUUGCAUUCAGGGUGAAAAAAGGCAGAAGAAUCCCUCGGUCAGCUCGAACACUAAAAAUUAUAAUUAUAACUGUGCUUUGCUUUUUCUGUUGCUGGGCUCUUUUCUUCUUGUUGCCUUUAAUUGAAAUUGCAGGUUAUUACAUACAGCAACCUAUUGUAGGCCUGCUUUAUAGACUUGCAAACAGCUUGGCUUUCUUUAGCAGCUGUCUCAACCCAAUAAUCUAUGUCUUCAUUGGCUGGGACUUUAAACAGAUUAUGAAGAAGUCUUUUCCAUUCCUUCUGGAAAGCACAUUCACAGAGAGAAAUUACCGCAUCAGAAAAUCUUGAAUUGUCACUUGAACUGAAACAAUGGCUUGGGGUACCUGAUCUAUUGAGGGCUUUGUAAUACACUGCAAAUGUGAAUUUUUGCAUAUGCUACUGGAUUCUUCCUUUGGUUACAAUAUCCACGAUUGCUCAAUAUUGAACAAAUGUAACUUAGAGUUUUUCAAGGGGAACUCUGUCCCUAGGAUCAUUGUGAGGAAACUUCAGCAUUGCACUGCACUGGAGAACUUUGAAGUGGAUUUUCAAUAGGCAUUGACUAAUGGCACAGUUAAAUAAUCACAAAGUAACUGUUGCUGUGCUGAAAAUGCACAAGCACUACAAAGUGAGCUCUCCUUUCCGAGGAUGAUGUGGAAACUUGAACUUGCACCUGGGCCUCAAUGAAGGGGUAUAUACCUAAUAAACUGUCUGCCUGAUUAUAUUCUCUGCACUCCCGGCUCUGACUCCUGAAACAAUGUGGUGAGCCAACUGAUUAAAGCUAAAGUGAUAUCUAAGUGAUAUCUGACUCCUGUGAAAUUGUUUUGAAAAUUCAGUCCCAAACAACAGAAAGGAAGAACCAAAUGUUGCUUUCAACGGCAAUUACAUUUACACACAAUUUUAAAACCUCCGACAAUAUGUAAUAAAUGUAUUUAAUUGCUUUGAAAAUUAAUUGGAGGAGUCUGGCACCUUCAGGCACUCACUGCAGCUACAAGCUCCUUUUAUUUAUGUUUUUGCACAGUGUAGUGGAAGAAAUCCAAAACCAAGACGGGAAAUAUAUAGUUACAGUACAUGACCAUUCCCAACACAGAAGAGACAGAGAAGAAUUCUUUGGGAAAAUAAAUUAUGUUUGGCCUCAAAUUUUAAUAUUCCUGAGCAACCCCAGAGGAGUAAGGUAGGUAAGUGUGUGUGCCGGACAUCACUGUGGGGUACUAUGUUCUGGGGUGCUGGGAAACUUAUUCAGUGAGUUUAGCAACUGUGGGUGGUAAAUAUGGUGAAUUGGAGAAAAUAUUCAGAAUUUUGGAUGGAUAAUGCUGAGGACUAUGUACUGGGACACUGUACAAGUUAAUCAGUGUGUUGGGCAGUUUUUAUCUCCUGUGUCUCCUGUGUUUUACCUGUGAAAAGAAAUAUUUAAGCUGCAGGUUUGUAAUACACAUUAAGGGGGAACUGAAACUGCAAACCAUUAUUUAAAGCAACCCUGCAUGAGAAUUACAAUUGCUGGGAUUGUGGUUUUUGUUACAAAUUGACCAUUUUAUGAGAGCAUGUUUGGCUUUCUUUAAAAUAGACACAAAACCCAACCACACAGUUGUCCAAUUGUGCCCCCUAGUUCUGAAUAGAAAAAAUUAUUACAUUUGGAAAACAAGUGACCAAAUGAGAAUUAAACUGACCAAAAACUUUAUUACAGAUACACGAGAAUUGGCCAGUGAGAAUGCUUAUUCCCUAUGUUAUCCAUCUUGCUCCUAUCUUACAUGCAGAGGUUAAUGUGCCAUGUGGCUUAAUUUCUAUCUUCCUUUUCCAUCAUUCUGGUUUGCUAUGGCCUCAAUGCAACAA